UCUCCGAUUAAUUCGAUUCCUCUAUUUUCAAAAACACUAGAAAAAACAGAGUAGAAAAGACAGGGAAUGUACCAAACAAUUAGUUCAAGAGUUAUUGGUAGAGACAAAAUGCUGGUCCAAGUUACAGAACAUGGUGAAUCUUAUUGGGUUGAUAAUAAUGGUGUCGAUGAUGGAGGUGGAGUAGAGUUUGAAAGCGAUCAAAUCACUUACCUUGCCAAUAAAAGAUUAAUGUCAAUACCAGCAGAAACACGAGAGGAGAAAGAAUUGACUAUUAAUCUUCUCAAACUAAAACCUAUUGGUUUGAACAUUGGAAAUGCAUCUGCACUCCAAGACUUAUUGGAGAAACAACUUAAUCGGGCGGAGAGUAGUCAGAAUUCCAAAGCAAAUCGAAGCACGAAACAGCGUGUAGAUCAUUCGACAUUUCUUAAAAAUGCAGAGAAGAUGAAAGCUGCAAAUUUUUUUGCAAAGUUGGUAAAAAUUGGCUUGUGGCAGAUUGAAUCAAAGAUUGAAGGUGAUUUGGUGGCUAAGUGUUACUAUGCCAAGAAAAAGUUGGUGUGGGAAUAUUUAGACAAAUCAAUACGACUGAAGAAGAAGAUUGAAAUACAGUGGAGUGAUAUCUCAGCUAUUAGAGCAAUUAUUCACGAGGAUGAACAUGGAAUCCUUGACAUUGAGUUAAACAAUCCCCCAACGUUCCACGAUGAGGAUGAUCCACAGCCGAGAAAGCAUACUUGUUGGAAACCCACCAGAGACUUCACCAAUGGACAAGGUUCCAUUUAUAGGAGGCAUCGCCUUGUAUUCCCACCUGGAUGUCUUGACAAACAUUAUGAAAAGCUUUUGUCUUGCGACGAGCGGCUGUUUGAGUUGAGUCAGAAACCGUUUCCAAGUUCAAACUCUCCUUACUUCCGCUCAAAUUCAUUGAGACAAUCCAGUUUGUUUGAAAACAACAAUGCAUAUGGAGGUGAAAUGAAACACGGCUCACAAUUUUCUCUUUUGUAUGGAUCAUUGCCUGUGCUUGCUCCUUUGCAGACUCCAACAUAUGGACAACAAACAUUUCAACCAUUUUCUGCUUCAAAGGAAACAACAACUUCACCAGUAUCAGUUAUUGAAUAUCAACACGUGGAUGAGGGUGGCACUAGUUUUGUCAACAACCCAUUGACGACAUACUUUGAUCCUCAAGGAAUGACAAGUUAUGGAAAUAAUUUGCCUCAAAAUCAAGUUCAGGCAUUGAUGUACCAAGCAAAUAAUCCAGUUGCUUAUCACCAAAACGUCAAUAUAUCCACCCCACAAUCUGAGCUUAUAACUCUAAGCAGCCUUGAAGAUCAUUUUCUGAACGAUUCACUAGUUAUGGACAAUGAUGAAAGGAGUUUGCUUCCCAGGGUAGAUUCAUUGAAUGCACUAUCGCGUGAGCAUGUUGUUCCUGAGCAGUCUGACAUCUCUAACUUUGAUUGGAGAGUUUUGAGUCCUCCUAUACGCUCGAAUGAGAGCGAACAACUACUAUAUCAGCAACAUCAACAGCAAUUCCAUUACCCUUCACAAAUUCCUCCUAAUGAGAAUCUGGCAAUGCAUCAUUUGGUGAGUAACAACUCCAUAUAUCAGCAGCAUCCGUCACAACCACCAGCUUCUGUUCCUGAUUCUAGCAUGCAAGAUUCUUCCGCUCUUAAUACAAGAAAUGAGAUCAACGGGUGGGAUGCGUUUCCUGGUCGAAGACAUUAGGGAAGUUUUGUUACUUUGGUAUUUUUUACUUUUGAGUUCAGGCUAAGUGAUUAAUCUGUAAUCCUAGCCUUUUGUUUACCUAUAAUUUCAGCUUUCAAAUCAAGUAUUUAACAACCAUAAAUUCACACAGUAACUAUGACAACUUCCAGAUUUGGCUUAACGAGCCGAGCCCGAGCUCAAAUAUUUCAUCUUAUUAUCAUUCAGAAAAGCUAAUUUAACAACCAUAAAUUCACACAGUAACUAGUCCUGCAGGUUUCAGAUGGCCAGUUUCUUUUACAAGAAGAAACUUUUUUUACUGAACAGUAAGUAAAAGUAAAGAAAGAAGCCUUCUUUCAAUUAAAAAAAAUGUGACGUAUCCACUUAAAUCUAAACGUAAUGAGAAUCCUCGCGUAAACCAUUCUUUAUAAAUUCUAUGUGAACUCAUCAUUGGUUACUCUCUGCUCAUAAAAAUUCUCUCUCUGUUUGCUCUGUUUUUACGUCCUCUGUUUUUUCAAGAACUCAACCAGUGUGCUUACAUUCUUUGUAUGUAAAACUGAGAGAGGCAACCAAUUGGAUGGUCGGAGAUACAAAUUGGGUUAUUGAUAAAAUGGAUUCAGGAAAGAUUGAUAAAGAGAAAGUGAUGGAACAAGGUAAAGAAGAUGAUGAAUCUAUUGGGGAGAACAAUGAUGAAGAUGAUGAAGAUG